AUGGGAAAAUUUCACAAAAAUGAGAAAAUUUCAGAUUCAUUGAGGUAUGACAAGUGUGGUGAAAAGGAACACAACAAAAGAAGUUGUAGGACAAACAUGAAAAGGAGAAGUUCAGAGACUAGUCCAACUUAUGGGACUGGUCCAACUUCUAGGGCUGGUCUAGCUUCUACACGAAGACCUAAGAAUAAGAGUGAAAGUACAAAUACUAAUAUAAUAGAGGUGACCAGAGAAAAGGUUGGAAAAGGUGUUCACUCACAUAGGAGAGAGAAGUUACAG